AGAUAAGGUGAGUGAGUUGAGACAUCAUUACCAAACCAGGGACCACUUUGGAUUAGAUGGGUGAGGAGGGCCUUGCUGAAGAGAUGACUUAAGCUGAGCUCUGGAGGUGUUGUCAUAUUCCGGGCAGAGGGAAUGAGUGCAAAUGCCAGAGGCAGAAAACAUUUGGUAUGUAUGAGAAACCCAUGGGGCAAAACAAGGCCAAGGAGGAGAGAGGUCAAGAGCCAGAUUUUGCAGAGCUGCUGGUAGGCUGCUUUGGAGUUACUAUUCUGAGCACCGGAAACAGCCACAAAGAAGGUUACUGCGAGUGAAUAACGUCUGACGUACACUUUUAAAAGACUCCUGCCUGCUCAUGGGACUCAAGGGUGGAAGUGGGUCCAGUGAGAAGGCUGCUGGGAGGUGAUAGCAGACUGGACUAGGAUGGAGAGAAGUUGUGGGCCCUGGGCAGUAUUUCGGAGGCAGUAUAAACGGGGAGAUCUGGGCUUGUGAAGUACGGAAGCCAGGAAACCAUGAUGAGAAACCGGCUGGACAGAAAAGGGGCAGCUGCAGGAGAAGCUGUAGUAGGAAGCAGUGGCCACAGGAGCCUGGAGCUCAGGGGACGCUCAUGGGCUGCAGCCGAUUUUGAGGGAGAAGACGCCAGCACUCCCAGAGGGGUCACUACCGACAGCUCCGCAAGCAAGCGAGGAAGGCAGCUGACGAGUCCAGACCCCGCGCAAACUGCCGGCAGGGGGCGGGGCCCAGGCCACGCUACGCAGGCGCAGAGCAAACUCGUCUCCAUGGCUACAAGGAACACGCGACCCCAACUGCUUCGCAACUGUCGCGUCCCGGACUUCAGUCCCCCUGAAGCCCGUUGUCCCCGAUCGUGGCCCCGCGUCAGAUCACCUUUCCUCUCUCUGCUCCCGGCCCCGACAUGGGCGACCUGGAGUUGCUGCUACCUGGGGAGGCUGACUUGCUGGUGGAACCAGCAGCAUGAGAACCUGGAGAAGCUGAACAUGCAGGCCAUUCUGGAUGCCACAGCCAGCCAGGGUGAGCCCAUCCAAGAGCUGCUGGUCACUCAUGGGAAGGUCCCAACACUGGUGGAAGAGCUGAUUGCUGUAGAGAUGUGGAAGCAGAAGGUCUUCCCUGUGUUGUGCAAGCUGGAGGACUUCAAGCCCCAGAAUACCUUCCCCAUAUACAUGGUGGUGCACCAUGAGGCCUCCAUCAUCAACCUCCUAGAGACAGUUUUCUUCCACAAGGAAGUGUGUGAGUCAGCAGAGGACACCAUCUUGGACCUGGUGGACUACUGUCACCGCAAACUGACUCUGCUGGUGGCCCGGAGUGGCCGUGGCAGUCCCCCUGAGGAGGAAGGAUCCCAGGACAGCACCCCCAUGCAGGAGCUAAAGAAGCAGGCAGAGCUGAUGGAAUUUGAGAUCGCACUAAAGGCCCUCUCAGUGCUGCGUUAUAUCACAGACUGCGUGGACAGCCUGUCCCUGAGCACUUUGAGCCGAAUGCUCAGCACCCACAACCUGCCCUGCCUUCUGGUGGAACUGCUGCAGCACAGUCCCUGGAGCCGGCGAGAAGGGGGCAAACUGCAGCGAUUCGAGGGUGGACGCUGGCAGACAGUGGCCCCCUCAGAGCAGCAAAAGCUGAGCAAGCUGGAUGGGCAGGUGUGGAUUGCCCUGUACAACCUGCUGCUAAAUCCCGAGGCCCGGGCCCGCUACUGCCUCACAGGCUUUGCCAAGGGCCAGCUGCUCAAGGGCUCAGGUGAUGAAGCAGUCAAUGAGGAACAGGCCCCACAGGCACCCUCAGCCCAGGCGCUCCUUGGCGCUAUGGCCAGUUCUUGCCUCACACAGCCUCCACUGACACCCUUGCAGCUUCGGGCCUUCCUCACUGACAUGCUGCUCGACCAGCUGCCCAACCUGGCAGAACUGCAGCAUUUUCUGGCCCACCUGGCCCUGGCUGAACCCCAGCCCCCCAAGAAGGACCUAGUGUUGGAACAGAUCCCAGAAAUCUGGGAGCGGCUGGAGCAAGAGAACAGAGGCAAGUGGCAGGCUAUUGCCAAGCACCAGUUGCGGCACGUGUUCAGCCCCUCAGAGGAGGACCUGCGGCUGCAGGCCCGGAGGUGGGCUGAGACCUAUCGACUGGAUGUCCUGGAGGUGGUGGCUCCAGAGCGGCCUCACUGUGCCUACUGCAACGCAGAGGCUUCCAAGCGUUGCUCCAGAUGCCAGAAUGAAUGGUAUUGCUGCAGGGAGUGUCAAGUCAAACACUGGGAGAAGCAUGGAAAGGCCUGUGUCCUGGCAGCGCAGGGUGACAGAGUGAAAUGAAGGCUGUGGCUAUGGAGGGCCGACCACCCCUGCCAAAGGAGCCCAUCUAGAGUGCGCUCCUGAACCUCAAGAUCUCAGCCUGGUCUCCAGUGUGGGGCACAGAGUAUUGCUGCUGACCCAUCCCCCGCCCCAAAGAAGCGCUCUCCACUUCCUGCCCCACCCUGGGCAGGCUGAUGGCACUGCCUCAAAAAACUGGGGCAGGAGGACUGGCCAGGCCUGGGCCGGAUGUGGGGACCCUCUUCCUCUAGCACAGUAAAGCUGGCCUCCA